UUCUGAUGUAGCUGCAAGUCUUGGUAUUCCUUCUGCAAUGCGUUGGAUUCAGUCAUGUGCUUGUUUCUCAGCUUAUUACCAUUACUUUCAUCGUCUUGUGCCUUUUCCUAGUGAGGAAAACGCAGAGAUCGAUGUUCAGUUGCCUUGUGUGCCUCUUCUGAGAUAUGAUGAAGUGCCUAGCUUCUUACAUCCUUCAACUCCUUAUCCUUUCUUAAGGAGCGUAGUUUUGGACCAGUUCAAGAAUCUUGAUAAGCCUUUCUGCAUUUUGAUGGAAACAUUUCAAGAACUAGAAAAUGAUCUUAUUGAGUAUAUGUCCAAGUAUUGUAGUAUCAUGCCUGUUGGUCCACUGUUUAAGGACCCUAAAGCUCCAACAACAACCGUCCUGGGAGAUUUCUUGAAGGCUGAUGAUUGCAUGGAAUGGCUCGAGUCCAAGCCACCCUCAUCUGUUGUUUAUGUUUCUCUUGGUAGUAUCGUGAGCUUGAAGCAGGUCCAGCUUAAUGAACUUGCUUAUGGGCUAUUGAAUUCUAGUGUUUUUUUCUUGUGGGUUUUUAGAUCGCCUCCUGAAAAUUCAGCCUUUAAACCUGUUGAUCUCCCAGAUGGAUUCUUGGAGAAAGUAGGAGACAAGGGAAAAAUUGUAAAGUGGAGUCCACAAGAAAGAGUUCUAGCUCACUCAUCAGUUGCAUGCUUUUUGACCCACUGUGGAUGGAACUCCUCAAUGGAAGCACUCGCCUCCGGCGUGCCGGUGGUGGCUUUCCCUCAGUGGGGUGAUCAAGUGACUGAUGCCAAGUACUUGGUGGACGUUUUUAAGGUUGGUGUUAGAAUGUCCCGUGGAGAGGCUGAAAACAAGUUGAUUACACGGGACAAGGUGCAGAAAUGCUUGCUUGAGGCAACUGUAGGGCCCAAGGCAGCAGAGCUGAAGCAGAAUGCAUUGAAAUGGAAGGCAGCGGCGGUGGCCGCAGUGGCCGAGGGUAGUUCCUCCAAUAGGAAUAUAGAAGCUUUUGUAGAAGAGGUGAGGAGGAGAAGCGUUAAAAUCACUGGCAAGUCAAGCAGCUAG